AUGACUUCUUCAACCGACGAUGUUGUACUGAGUAGCGAGAUUAUUGAGCAAAAAAGUCCAUCCGAACAUAAUAAAAUUGAAUUUUCUUCCUCACCAACGGAAGAAAAAGGAGUUAAAGACGUUCAAGCAAAGGUUUCUACAAAUGAAUCUGUGCAGACUAUGGUAGAUUUGGAAAAAUCAACUCAAAAGCUACCACGUAAAGAAUGGCGGAAACUAAAAAAGAAACAGAGAAAAAAGCUUGUUAGAAUCGAAGGCGCAAAGCUUCGUCAGCAGCAACAAGCUGAACAAGAAAAACAGGAUGCAUUAUCUGCUGAAGUUAUGAAAAAGCUGAAUGAAGCCGUAGAGCGAAAAAGAAACGCUGAAAGAAUAUUAUGGGAGGUAAAAGAACGGCAGAUUGAGAAACAGAAUGUCGAACGGCGUGAAAAACAAGAGCAAGAAGCGAAGAGAAGAAAAAUAAUUGAGGAAAAUUGGGCAAAGACCGUAAAAAGCAUUACAACAAAAAAACCAAAGUUAUCUUCCGAUUCAAGCUCGAAUUCUACGGAUUCCUUAAUUAAUAAGGAAAAAAAUGAUGAACGAUUAUGCUCGUUUUAUCUUAAAACUGGAGCUUGUCGUUACGGCAGUCUUUGUGAUCGAUAUCAUCCGUACCCUGAAAAAAGUGUUACUAUCUUGGUCAGAAAUAUGUACGUGGGAAUGCCAGUGCAAUUGGCUGACGAAGAGAAUGAUGACAACUUGGAGUUUGACGACGAGGAGGCGGAACGCCAUUAUUUUGAAUUUUUUGAGGAUACUCAUUCUGAAUUUCUUACAUAUGGCAAGAUUGUACAAUUCAAGGUAUGUAAUAAUUUUCAACAUCACUUGCGCGGUAAUGUAUACGUACAAUAUGAAAAAGAGGAAGAAGCUGAACGAGCAUUAGAAGCAAUACGUGGAAGAUGGUAUGCUGGGAAACAAUUAAUUGCAGAGUAUUGCCCGGUGACAAAAUGGAAGGCUGCUAUUUGCGGGGUUUAUGAAAGAAACAAAUGUCCCAAAGGGAUUCAUUGCAAUUUCUUGCAUGUUUUCAAAAAUCCCCGAGGUUUAUACAAGCAAGCUGAUUUAGAUUUCGAAGGACCACAUAGGCGGAAAUCAGGUGAAUAA